AUGAACAGGACCUUGGAGGACACGGCCUACCCGGGGCAGGAGGAUGACCUGAGAGAAACGAGAGGUGACCUCGGCCUCAGCCGAACCAUCGUCAUCGUCACGGUGAUUAUGACGGCUCUCGCCACCAUCGCUGCCCUUCUCCGAGCGUACGUCCGGGGUUCUCGGGCACGGCAUUGGGGGGCAGACGACACGGCGAGCAUGGUCCUGGUCCUCACACACAGCAUCAUCGUCUGCGUCAACACAAAAUACGGAAUGGGACGAAACAUCUGGGACCUCGACUUCCACACCUUCGCCACGGGCUCGAAGAUCGCCACCGCGGGCCUCGUCUUCUACCACACGGCCUUGGCGUCGACCAAGACGACGUUCCUCCUGCAAUACCGCCGCGUGUUCCCGUUGCCGAAGUUCCGGCUCCUCUGCGACGCCAUGCUCGUCUUCGUCUCUCUGUUCGCCGUCUCCCAGAUCGUCAUCGGCGCGCUGCGGUGCAUCCCGCUCGCUACGGACUGGAUCCAGCUCAGGGAGGGGCAGGGAGGGUGCGUUCACCUCGUGGCCUGGUGGCACGCCAACGCGGCUGUCAAUCUGGCCACCGACCUUAUCAUCCUUGUCAUGCCCAUGCCGCAUCUCAAACGACUGCCUUUGCCAAGAAAGCAGAAAGUCAUUCUCAUGGCGAUUUUUGGACUGGGUAUCUUUACGUGCGCCAUCUCCAUCAUCCGCAUCAACGCCUUGGUGAUCGGCGCGACGUCCCAAAACAUCACCUACGACAACGCCAUCUCAGGCCUCUGGGGCACCGUCGAGCUCUGCUGCGCCACCAUCUGCGUCUGCACGCCGACCCUCCGCCCGCUCGUCGGCACCGUCUGCACCCGGCUCUCAUCCAUGCACUUCCGCCCCGCCUGGUCCAAGCGACGCCUAUCCGACGGCACGACCAACACGGCGCUAAGCAGCGUGAUAAUAAAGCCGGAGCCCACGGGCCAGGACCAGGACCAGGACCAGGACCAGGACCAGGACCAGGACCAGGACCAGCAUCAGCAGCAACAGAAAGAGCGGGAAGAGCAGGAACACCACGAUCGGCACUAUCCGCCGUGGACAUCGCGUUUCCCGGACGAAACCGGCACCGACGUGGAGGCGGCAGCAGGCCGAAGAGGACUCGGUCUGGAGAUACGGCCGCCGCCGCGCGUGGCGCGCCACGAUUACGGUUUCUCCCGGAGCGGGACCGCGAGUUUGCGGCGGAAUCCGAGUGCGGCGGACUGGCCCAUGGAUGAUGACGCCGCCGACUUGGAAGAUGACCUGGACUUGGAUAUGGAUAUGGAUAGGAUGGACCUGCACGACGACGAGCUGCCUACCUUGCUGUAUCCUCCCCCGCGGAGCCAUGUGCAGCGCUCUUCCAUGCCGAGUUCGAUCGAUGGAGGGGGUAGCAGACCACCACCGGAGGCGUCCGAGGCCGGGGUGAGGCUGAGGCGAGAGGAGUUUUUGGACAAAACUACGCACUUUGGAACCCACCGGAUGGGUUUCUUCUGUCUCCGGCCCGCCAAUCGCGGGUUGUUGCGCUUGAGGGUCGGGGGCCAUUUGACCAGGGAUAUCGCAAGUCGUCCAAAGGUGCCGGUACAUGGCAUUGACGGGCUAUCUCCCAUCUACGCCUCCUGUCGGCGCCUCAUGACCUCGUUCUGGCCGUCCAAGUCACGGGGGUCUCAACUUCGACAAAGGGACCCGGCUGGGGAUAUAAGGGGCAUGACUACCCCGACCGUUCACCGAGGCCAAGCGGAGACGAAUUUGCCAGUCAGCCAUACAAAAGCGACAACAGUUGAGAACAGCGACGAGCAUGCAUCCUUAUCGUUGCUCAGCUGGGAUCGGAAGAAUUCAGGGGGGGAGAAGGCUGUCAAAUACCACGGCCUUCCCUUGGUAGUCGAAUAUCCGGAAGAGAGAGACGCGUCGGUGUCAGAGUCCUGCACUGAGCGCAGGGAAUGA